ACGGCAGUGCACCGACCGAAGAGAGGCAGUCUCUCCUCAUCUUUCAUAAUAACCCAAAACAAUACUCGUAAAUGUUGCAUAGUCACAGGACUGCACAUGACUUCACUCAAAGCACCACUCCAAUUGUCUCAACAUCCGCCUCCUGAUGCACAUGAAACUUCUUAUACGCGUCAGCCAUUGUUGCAUGUCACACAUUAACCUAUAUUCAGAACACAUACACACAGAAGAGGCCUCACAAACCCCUUCAGGAUGAGCUCCUUAACUAAAUUACUUAUGUUAAUUUUCACAACAUAUCAUACCAUGAAUACAUCUAUUCAUACCCUGCAGCCACAUGAUCCGUCACAAGAUUUCACCCCACAUACAUAUUAAUGUUGCAUCUAUUUUUGUUUGGUUUCAUAUGCAAGAACAGCACAUCAAAAUAAAGUAAGGGACAUUAAAGAAUUCCUCUCACACUGAUCACUCGAUACAAUAUUCUGAUACUGACAAUCGCAAUCAGUGCAGAUUGAAUAAAUAAAUCUAAAAAAUCACUCAGUGGCUCUGAUGCAGCAUGCAAUCUGCAAAGUGACUACCUUUAUCCAAAAAAGUAAAAAAAAAAAAAAAAAAAGUGCAGUAUUUACCUAUAAAAUGCAGAGGAAUGUAAGUAUAAAUCACAUCACUCGGGCAAAAUACAAGUACUUCAGGAUUGUGUUUAAGCACAGUGCCUUAGUAAUGUAAUAAGAUACAUAGCACAAAAUUAAAAAUAAAAUAUCUUUAGUCUUAGUGCACAUUUCAAAUUGCAAACAAUCUCACACAAGGCAACACAUCACCAUCAACAGACAGCGUGAUCAGAUUCAGCAAUAACACUUUUAAGAUGAAAAGACUAAAAUUGAAAAAGAGCCUGAAAGAAAUAAUAAGCGUCUGAUUUCUCAUCAAGUCCAUCAGUAUUUAUACGCAGACGUGACAGACAAUAGUGAAUGGAAACUUGGUUUGUCGUUGCAUACUGUUACUGAGUCUGCAGGUCAGACGUCCCUCCCCCUCCGCUCGGUGUGAGUGGUUUAAAGUUUCACUCCUCGGCCUCUGAUUGGCCCGUCAAGUUUUUUCCGAGGGGGGAUAAGUUCAGACUCUGCGUCCCUUGACGCACAGCAGUCCGGAGAAGUUCAGGGAGCAGAGGAGAGUGUUGCGGUAUUCUCUUAUCUUACGCGCCGGGGUAAGAGGAUCCACAAGAGAUAUGGAGGUUAUCUCAGAUAGACUCGCAUUUGUUUUGUAGAGGAGUUUUAGCGCGUCGGAGCUUUGGAAUAACCUAUCUCUGUUUUUUUCCCCCUUUUUUAAAUUGCAUCACCCGCUGUCGAAAAAAAUGUCUGCGUCUGGGCUUUGGAUUAACGCAAUGUGGAUUUUACUUUUUGCCAUUUUUCACGCGGCUUUGUCAAACUACUCUGAAGACCAGUGCAGCUGGAGAGGAAGUGGUUUGUCCCAGCAGCAGGGCAGCGUCGAGCAGAUCUCCCUCCACUGCUCUGAGGGCACCCUGGACUGGCUGUAUCCCAAAGGGGCCCUGCGCCUCAGCCUGUCACCCCGCCUGCCCUCUGUGGCGGUGGGGCCGGGCGGCAGCAGCUCGGGCCUCAUCACGGCCUGCGUCAAGCCCUCGGAGCAGUUCCACGGGGCCCAGCUGUACCUGGAGAGGGACGGGGUCCUGGAGCUCCUGGUGGGGGACCGCCUGGAGUCCUCCCCGCCGCCGAGGGUACGCUGCUUCAGCCGUCUUCCCGGGGAGAGGGUGGCUCUCUUCCUGCAGGCGACACCUCAUCAGGACAUCAGCAGGAGGAUCGCAUCCUUCCGCUAUGAGCUGAGAGGGGACUGGACCGCUCGGCUGUCGCUGGACUCCAACCCCAUCAGCAGUGAAGAAGCCUGCAGACCCUGCAACAACACUGAGAUUCUGAUGGCUGUUUGCACCAGUGACUUUGUUGUUCGAGGUAACAUCCGAUCAGUGGUUGAAGACGACAACCUCCGUGCAGCAGUGAUCAAGGUCAGCGCCACGCGGGUGUUUCGUCAGAAGUACGCCUUGUUCACCGGCAACAGCCGCGUGGCCAGUCGCGGUGAGGUCAGAACUCUGCUGCAGUGUGGCGUCAAACCCGGGCCCGGCAGCUUCCUCUUCACCGGCCGGGUCCACUUCGGGGAGGCCUGGUUGGGCUGCGCUCCCCGUUACAAGGACUUCCAGCGGGCGUACACUAUAGCCAAAGCAGCCCAGCAGAUACCCUGCGAACUGCCUGUAGACUGAGCUAAGAACUCUGCAGCAGCUUGUCUAAUGCUCAGAGUCGAGUCCGCACUGAACGCCAAACUCAGCCCAUGUUUCGGAAGAAGCCAUUGUGUGCAACCGGUGGCCGAUGUAGCCAGGGUGCCAUCGAUGGAUAUCGUCUUCCCAAAGGACUGAGGAGUGAAAUGGACUUCUCCCAACUCCAUUUCAGUGCAAUAUGCAGUCACCAAGUCAGAAAGAACCAGGUGGAGUUCUGACACGAGGGACGUGGUCGAAAUGUUCAGAAGCAUCUGGCACUGGACGGGUUGUACAAAAGGUGAUGCCAUCAUGCUGGUUCAGAAAAAAUCUAUUGACAAAGCUUUCCAAUUGGGAUAAAUAAAGUGAAGCCAUUAAUUCAGGCCUAUUGAGAGUCACUGCGAGGAAACUCAGGAAAAUUUAUGAAAAGUUCUAUAGAAAGCUUACCGCCUAUUAGGAUACACUUCAGGCACCUUUUGGCCACAGGAAAGUGAUGUUUCACUGGCUGUACAGGGGUCAUCCUCAGUGUUACUAUUAUUAAGGAGAUUAUUAAUAAAAAAAAAAAGUCCUCACAAAAGGAAGCAUUAAAAAAUAUAUAUAUAUUUGCACUGAUAAAGGAAAGGGAAUGAUCUGGAAAGUGUGAUGCUGCAAGCACUGAAAACCAAAUAAAAAGCAACUAUAUGUAGCAUAGUGGAGCGAAUUUAAUAUAUGUACAGAUAAUGUGAGCACGUACAGUAGAAACACAAAUCUGAGGUUACCUGAGCGGGUAUCACAGCUCAAACUAGUGCUGAGAGCACUUUCACAUUUUUAGCCAACUCUGAGAUUUGUUUUGCUUCUGUAAGGAGAUGCAGGCUUAUAGGCAUUUUUUGUUUCUUUCUGUAAGGUGUACGAUGCAAAAUUGUAAUUUGAAUUGGACUUUAAAGAUAAUUAUUUAAAAGAUUGUGCUGGGGUGGAUCGCCAAAGCAGUUCUAAGUUUAGUUGUUGUCGUAUUAUUAUCUCGCUUAAGAAGAAGAUCAAACCAAGAAGCUACUCUAUGAUGUGUUAAAGAAGAUAUUCACCUGUAUAUACUCAGCAAUGUUCAUAAAACUGGUGACAACAGCCACUCAGAACUGAAGUCCAGUUUUAUUACACGAUAUAAAGUCUUCUAACCAGCUAUUGGUGGAGAAACAAGCUAUAAAACUGGACUUGGCUAGCUCAAGAGCAACACAAGAUAUGCAUUUAAUGUGUAAAGAUUCUGUUCUGAUGUGCACUAUAUCAACAAGCGGAGGGGGUUUAUACCAAAUUGCUGUGAUGUGCUGAAGCGGUAUGUCUUAAAUGCUUACACUGCCAUUUUACUGUUUGUUAUUUUUUUUAUAUGUGAAGUUGUGUCAGUGUCAAUGUGAAUGUAAAUAUGUUAAUAAGAAAUUCUAGAAAGAGGGAAAAAAAGGUCUGUGGAAAAAACAACAUUAUGUCAGUAUUGUGGAUUAUUUUUAUGUUUGUCUGUGUUAUUAAAAGAUACGCUGUGAGAAAAACACC